AUGUCCUUCAACUACGCCAAAUCUGCCCGUAAGAUCCUCUGUAUUGGGCGUAACUACGCCGCUCACAUCGCUGAGCUGAACAACGUGAAACCACAGCAACCUUUUUACUUCCUCAAGCCGACGAGUUCCAUCUUGCAACAGGGAGCUGGCGCUGUUUUGAUUCCAAAGGGGACGGUGGUUCACCACGAAGUGGAGCUGGCGGUGAUUCUGAACAAGACGCUGAAGAACUUGGACCCAGACGCAUUCUCUGAUAAGGACGCCAUUGAUGCCAUUGACGGGUAUGCGCUGGCAAUCGACUUCACUGCCAGAAACGUCCAAGAUGAGGCGAAGAAGAAGGGCCUGCCUUGGUCAAUUGGCAAGGGCUUCGACACCUUCUGCCCGCUGAGCGCUUUCAUUCCAAAGAGCAAGAUCCCUGAUCCUUACAACGUUGAGCUGUUCUUGAAGAUCAACGGCGAGACAAAGCAGGACGACUUGACCAGCCUGAUGAUCUUCCCGAUCAACAAGAUCCUGAGCACCAUGAGCUCGGUGAUGACGCUGGAAAAGGGUGAUAUCAUCCUCACAGGCACUCCCAAGGGUGUUGGAAAGGUUGUUCCUGGUGACCACAUCGUUGCUGGGCUGAAGGUUGACGGUGUUGAGAUCGAGGAGGGUAAAUUGGACCUGCCAGUGGAGGAGAAGCCAGGCCCAUACGUCUAUAAAGAGACAUGA